AACUAAAAAAUUAUCUUUGUAAUGAUGUAUAAGGUACUAGUCAGAACAAGCAGGUGUUAUUUUUAUAAAACAAGCAGAUAUUUGUUUCUCUAUGGACUCUGAAUCGCAACAUAUGAGAGAUUUAAAUGAUAUUUUUAGAAUUGAUUUUCCUUGAUUUUCUUUUACAAAACAAUAACAAAUUAUGUACCUACUCUACUACUAUCUACCGAGUGAAAUGCGUAUUUUGAGUGUAUUUUGGUUAUACAUAUACAUACGUUAAUGACAAUGUUCUCUUGUUGUCUAUAGCAUAGUAAAUUUCAGGAAAGCUACAGUCUGAAUUUGACGUUUGAAAAAUUGAAAAGUUGAAAAAAGUGUUUGUUUCGUAAAUUUUAAUUAAUGAAUUUAUAAAUUUUUUUUGAUAUAGCUACACGAAUAAGUUAUGCACCAGUGUUUAAGGUCAAAUAGAGUUUAUUAGGUUGUAAAAUUUGUAUUUGAAUUGAGUGAUUCUAACCUUUUGAAUUUAACCGGGAAUACUCUUUUUUCACAAAAAUAAUUUUUUGUUGAACUUUUGAAUUGAUUGUAAGGCUAAAAUAGUAAAUCAUAAAGGAUGGCAACUGAAGAAGAUCAAAUCCAAGUUAUGCCGGUUAAGGAACCUUUGGAUUUAAUUCGGCUUAGUCUUGACGAAAAAAUUUAUGUUAAAAUGCGAAAUGAACGAGAAUUAAGGGGGAGAUUGCACGCUUUUGAUCAGCAUUUAAAUAUGGUACUGGGCGAUGCAGAGGAAACUGUAACAACGGUUGAAAUUGAUGAGGAAACUUAUGAAGAAGUUUAUAAGACUACAAAAAGGAACAUUCCAAUGUUGUUUGUUAGAGGGGAUGGUGUUAUUUUAGUAUCUCCACCAAUGCGAGUGGGUUAAACGUGAACCCAAAAUAAUACUAUAUGCAUAUUUUUGUAAAUGCUUAUUUAGUUUAAUAAAGGAAUUAAAAUACUAUUUACAUUUUUAAAUUAUAAGUGGCAUGGGCAUAGAAAUGUGUCGUACCAAGGCUUCACUGAUAAUAAGAGAAACAUAAACGCAUACAAGUAUAGUAGAAUACUAAAAUUUGGCCGUCAAAUAUGCUGAUUCUAAUAUUCAGAUCAAUUUUCUUGAAAUACACACUAUGUGAUUAUUUCAUGUUAUCUAAAAACACUUUUAAUAUUGGAAGACGACUCUUAGGACAUUAAUAAUCAUCCAGCAAAAUACAAUUCUUAGUAAUUUAAUUAUUUUAAAUAUGCAUAAUGUUAUCAAAAGUUAAAUAAAGAUUUGACCUUUUUCUCAUUUUAUAAGUAUCCAAAUGCGCUGUUCGGAAACUAAAAAAAAAAAGAUAUUUUAAUUCCUAUACUAGAAAAGGAUAUGUUAUUCUAAAAAUUUCUCAUGUUUAUGUUUUAGUGUUUUGUACCACAAAUUAAGAACUUUUUAAGAGGAACUAAUAGCUAUUGUCAAAAAUAAUUAAAUUAGCAAAAAACAAAAAUUACCAAAAUUGACAAAUUUUUUUGAAAUUUUACAAAUAAUAGCACAUUCUUAGUGUAUUAGUACAUGCACUUUACGUAUCUAGUAUUUAAUUUAUAUUGAACAUGCAUAUUUAAAAUCUAAAAAUGAAGUC